AUGGCAUAUCAAAUCCAAUACGCCGAGGAAAGCGACGCACCCUCCCUCGCGCAAAUCAACACCCUCAGUUUCGCAGGCCGCGGCCUCUUAUCGCAAGUCUUCCCCGAAACCACCCAAGACGACCUCGAAGCCUACAAAUCCAUUUAUACCAUGAAGCACCUGGCCAACCCGCAAAUGCACGUUCUCAAGAUCGCCGACCCUACCGGCGGGGCUAUUGUAGGCUAUGCGCGAUGGCACAUUCCCGAAUCGCUGUCUCCGCGAACGAAUCUGCCCGUCUUGAGCGAAAAGGCGCAGGAAGCGGCGCGAGAUCCGUUUCAAUUUACGCCGCGCCCGAUGAAUGAGGCGCUUUAUGGGGCGUUUCGGGGGUUGUUGGAGGAGUCUCGGAAGAAGUACGUUACGGAGAAGGAUAUGAUGCUGGAUCUACUGGCCACGCUACCGGCUUAUCAAGGACGUGGAAUUGGGUCGACUCUGUUGCGAUGGGGUACAGCCAAGGCAGAUGAAUGGCAGGUGCGCAUUUACUUGGAGGCCACGGGGGAGGGCUAUCCAGUGUAUAUCAAGCAUGGGUGGGAGCCCGUUGAAAGGGUGUAUCUCGAUCGGGAGAAGUACGGUGGACAAGGUCAAGAGUCGUUUGUGUUGAUGAUGCGAGAGCCGAAGCCUCUUCAAUAG